AUGGACUCGUCCGUGAGCAAACGCCACUCGAGUCCGUUUCCACCGUUGCACUUGUCGUCGACCACUGCCGUGGAACUCGCGUCCCUCGCGCAGAAACUCGUCGUGCGUAACAUUAGCGCGUACGAGAGUUUCCUCGUCGAGCGCCACAACAAAGUGGACGCGUUGCUGUGGCGUCUCGUGUCGUCGAAAGACGAACUGCGCGCGUACGUCGACCGACCGCGGGCGGCCGAGUCCCCGCAGUCGUACAAAGCCGACACGCCGGUGGCCGACCUGCCCGUGGUCAUGAUCACGGGCACUAUCGUCGGCAGCCUCGACGACGUCAUGUACGGCGUCGCUUGUCCGACACCCGAUCAAAUGCGCAUCCAGGCGUCGUACGUCUACGAUGACGUUCCGCGGAGCUGUGUGCUCUCGGCGCUCGUCCCGCCUACACCAGAGACGCCUUUCAACUCGAUCGGCAUCAAGUGGAUGGAAGUCCACGUCCCUUUGGCGGUCCGCCCAGUGGUAAAGCACCGCGACUUUGUGUACAUGGAGACGACGGGGAUCGACCGCCUGCGGAACGGCGAACGCGUGGGGUACCACAUUGUCCACUCGAUUCAGUUCCCCGGGACGCCGCCGCUCGACACGCACAUUCGGGGCAACACCUCUAUCAGUAUGUUGUACCGCCAGCGCACGAAAAACGUCACGGACGUCUACAUCAAGGGAUACUUCAAUCUAGCUGGAGGUAUCAUGCGGACGCUGUUGAUCCGCUCGGCUACGCGCGUUCUGCUCACAGUGGCCAACAGCGUGCACUGCAGCCACAAGAAGAAGCUCACGUGGGCGUUGCGGGGCCACUAUAAGGACGAGUCGUUGUCGUCGAGCUCGGGGAGCACGGACGGGUCUUCAAGUGUACCACUGGACGACAGAUGCUGCGGAGGGUGUGGCAAGAAGCAGUCGGUGUUUGUGCAAGCAGCGAGUCGAACCGACCGAGGGGCGAAGAUGGUGCAGCUGAAGAGGCACUGCAAACUCUGCAGGCGCUACAUGUGCGUGGACUGCCGGAGACAGCACCACUUGUCCUUCUUGUUGCACGACGAGCGACUCGUGCAGCGACUCGUGACCAUCUGUCGAGCGUGUGAGACGGAGGCCCUGUCGGAAAACGCAGCCGGCGUGGCACGUGAUGAGUUGCGACUGAACGAGUUCAGGCGGCGAUGGGACAGCACCGACGUCUUGAACAGAACGGCUAUGUCCACGCAGAGUGUACGGAGCGAGUAG